AUGCUUCGUUCGCCAAACAGUCGUCAAUCAGCGUUGAAUGUCGAUAAUUAUCGAACAUUGGGUGAAUUAGCAAUGCGAUCACCAACUCCCACUCGAACAUCACGCCAAUUAUCUUCUCGACAAGAUGAUGAAGAUGAUAAUAAUCGAACUAUAAGAAAACUAGUUUCUCAUCAACCGAUGAACCCAUCUCGAAAUUACUCGUCAAGUACAACUUCAUUGAAAUCAAUGGUUAUCGAUGGGCGAUGGAAAUACCGUGCAAAUGAUGGUAGCGACGAUGACAAUGAUGAAGUAAAUCGAUUGCGAUUGCAGUCACUUGGAAUUGAACAUCUGGUUCGUGUUUGCCAUGAUAUAAUGAAAAGUAAAACAGAAAUAUCCCAUCGAAAAGACGACCGACGAGCGAAAUCACCGAUGACAAGCAACGGUUUACCAGUGAUCAAAUUAGAUGCAUAUAAAAAAUUAACAAGUGCUGACCGAUCCACCCUGAAUCGUGCACAUCUAUUUGAUCUCAUGACAAUUGUUUAUGAAGCUGCAUCAACUGAUGCGAGUAUGGCUCAACUUGUGCGUAUUUGGCGUGAAGUUUCUGAACAUGUUCGAAAUCCUCGUCCAUUGGAACGAUCUACCGAAUCUCACCCAUUAAUAUCUUAUGUACAAGCGUUCAAUCAUCUAAUUCGUACACCUAAUGACCAUAUACUUCAAAUUGCUGUUCACGCUUCUUUAAUAACUCUUCGUAAACGAUCUGAUCUAUUACGAUUGGGAAAUAAACUGGGUAUUGAUAAGAAUGAGUUCGAUAUUCGUUCAAUUCACACAUCAUUCCAAGCGUUUCAAUAUAUGGUGAAAUUCUUACGUGAACAAAAGUUACGGGAAAAAGAAGAACAACAAUUUAUUGAUAGAAAAAGAUUACCAUACAAACGAAGAAAAAAACAAGGCCUUCAUGCAAAUGUAACCGGUACAAAAUUUCGUUUGAUUUGUGAAGCGAUGGAUGUCGCAGGUUUUUACAUUAGCCCAGCUUCUGAUUUUACUUGUAAUCUUUUAUGGAAUGAUACAUUAAUCUCAAUGGAUAUUGUCUCUGCACUCAAACCUUAUCAGAAAGUGAAUCAUUUUCCAACUAUGAAUGAAAUCUCGCGAAAGGAUUUAUUAGCGAAAAAUUACGAUCAGAUACGAAGUUUUCUUCCCAAAGAAUAUAAUUUCGCUCCAAAAACAUGGAUUCUACCCAAUGAUUAUAAUCUCUGGUAUUCCUAUGCGUCCAACCGACCACACAAAGAAUCAGCAACUUAUAUUAUGAAACCUAAUAAUACAGCAAUGGGACACGGAAUCGCAAUUCAUUGUAACUACAAACAGGUGAAGAAAUUAGAUAAUUACAUAGUUCAAGAAUAUAUACGAGAACCGUAUCUCCUCGAUGGUUUCAAAUUCGAUCUGCGUAUUUAUGCCCUGAUAACAUCUUGUGAUCCGUUACGUGUCUUUAUUUUCAAUAAUGGUCUUGUUCGAUUAAGUUCGACAAAAUAUCAAUUACCGACUCCAAUAAACGCUUUAAAUUAUGCAAUGCAUUUAACAAAUUAUUCGAUAACUAAGAAGAAUCCAGAUGAUUUAGAUCUCGACAGUAGUAAAAGAAGAUCAUUGCAACAAUUAUUCGAUUAUUUAAAACGGGAUAAUCAUGACGUUGAAAAAUUAUGGACUGAAAUCAAAAAUAUUAUUACUAAAACAAUCUUUCUUGCUGAACCACAUAUGUCAUCUGCAUAUCGAACGUGUCGUCCGGCAGCUUUACCAACAAGUGAAAGCGUCUGUUUUGAAUUGCUUGGUUUCGAUAUUUUGAUUGAUAAGAAUCUCAAACCUUGGAUUAUUGAAGUCAAUCGCUGUCCAAGUUUUGACACAACUGAACAAAUUGAAUUUGAUAUUAAAAUGAAAUUACUAUGUGAUACACUGAAUUUGCUUCACUUUCAAGUAUCCGAUCGGGAAAAAAGUGAUGCAAUCGAGAAAGUUGAAGCGCAACGGCGAUUGUAUUUAAGUAUAGGAAAACCAUUCAAUACUCAACGAGAUCAAGUAGAAGAAUUGAAAGAAAUAUUAUUUCUUCUUCGCCGAGAAAGAGCACGAGACAUAUUCGAGAGUCAUCAUUGUGGUGGUUUCGUUCGUUUGUUUCCAGUUGAUGAUGACAAACGUAUGAAUGGACUAAUGCAUAUAUUAUCCAAGUGUUUUCAUAUUUUGUCUCCUACUCCAUAUGAUCUAUCAAGAUAUGCAAACUAUACUCAACAGUAUGAUGAACGAGACUUAAUACAAAAAAUCGAACAGUUAGAAACGACUAAACGACCAACAUCGACUAAGUCUGUGGGAUUGUAUCAUGUAUCACCAUUGACUACUUUUACAUACGGUUUUGGCGAUGAUGAAGAGGAAAAGCCACGAGAAUCUUCAUUAUCUCCCAAUCGAACUCAACAAUCUUCGCCAGAAUCGGAUAAAUUUAGCAAAAGAGUGGGAACGCAAACGCCAGCAGAUAUUCCUCGAGCAACAUCGGCAGCAUCGAAGACGAAAAAACGAUCCAAUUCAUUGGUUUCAACAGGACGUGUUAGUCGGCCAGAAUCCGAUUCGCAUCAAACUCUGCCAGGUGUUUCUGCUAGUCGAAUCACAGAGAAAAAGUUCUACACAACACCAUCACCAUCAUUACCAUCAGAAUAUCGUGAACAAGAACAACGAGUACCUUCACCUAAAGUUCGAAGGUCAAAUAAUAAAUCUCAAAUGGUGACACAAUCAGCUAUUCUCCAUGCGAAUCUACAACAGCAACAGCCACUCAAUCAAACUACAUCCACUACAAUUGACAUUACCAAAGAAUAUCACUUAACGGCCGAUGAUUUGUAUCGUCUAAGUGAAUUGAUCUUCAAGGAAAUGAAUAAAUUGCGUAUUCAUUAUCCAAACAGAACUGAUCAAGAAACCAAUCGGCUUUGUACCACGAUCAUGGAAAAUUGGACUGAAUACAAAGCAGAUAUUGGUCGAUUUUGGUUAGUCGAAUUAGACGCAAACAAAAGAGAAUCGAUUAUUCAAAUGGUUUGGAUUAAUAUUCAACAGAUAAUGAAAAAACUAUGCAUCAUCGAUGAGCUAGCUCAACACUUACCGUUGAACCGCCAUUUGUCAAAAAUUGAACGACGAUUACUGGCGAAUCAUGGACAAUGUAUGUGGGAAACAUGUCAAAACCGACAUAAUUCAUGGGAAUUGUUGUUCAUGAAAGGCAACAAUCCAUUGUCUGAUAUUGAACUGAAAUGUUGCUAUCGGUUCGUUGAUCUAUGCAAAGAAGCGUUAUUUAUUGUUUAUCGAUAUUCCAAUGAUGAACAAUUUCAAAAACAAAGACAAUUAAAUUCACAUGUAACAUUAAUGAUUAAAUCUUGA